AUGACGGUAGAACCAGCUGUGAAGCGGAGGAAACUGUCUCCUCCGGAAUCUUCAGACCCAGAAUCAUCGACCUCUACGUUGGUCGGUCAGUCUACUACGCAGGACGAUUUCUUCAAUAGGGCAGCAGGAUGGAACUUAGAGCAGGAUUAUGAGCAGAGACCUCGAAAGCAAAAGAAGAAGGAGAAAGAGAACACGAGGCUCCCGAUCAAGACCGUGGAGGGAAGAGUUGAACAAUUGCAAAUUCCAGAGGUCACACAAGAGGAUGAUGAUAGCUGGCUCGCCUCUGAAGAGGAGAGCAUGGAAGAUUCAGGGCCUAUCCAAGAGGACAUCAAAAUCCCUGUCCGCCAACAGAUACUAGAGGCAAAAGAAGAGCUAGCCCGGUUGGCUGGCCUCGUUAAUGAGGACCCCGAGGAGCAUGCUGGCGCAUUUCGCGCAUUGGGUCAAAUCGCAACUUCCUCAAACCCUACAAUCAAGAAGCUAGGCUUAGCUACACAACUAGCUACCUAUAAAGAUGUCAUCCCAGGAUACCGAAUACGCCCCAUCGCUGAAAUGGACCAGACGGAGAAGGUCUCCAAGGAUGUCAGGCGUCUUCGAGCAUUCGAGCAAUCGCUUGUCAGCUCCUACCAAGCAUACAUCAAGGACCUGGCAACCUGUGCAAAGGCUCGACAAGGGGGAGUAUCCGAAGCAACGUCGAGCGUGAAACAGGUCGCGAUAGCUUGUGCUUGUGCUCUGCUCAUUGCUGUACCCCAUUUCAAUUUUCGAGGGGAGCUCCUGAAGAUUCUGGUUGGCAAAUUGAGCACUAACAGGAUCGAUGCGGACUUUAUCAGAUGUCGUGGAACACUAGAAACCUUAUUCCGCAAGGACGAAGAUGGCACAUCAUCUCUAGAUGCUGUUGGGCUGAUCACAAGGAUGAUGAAAGCGCGAAAUUAUCAAAUUGAUGAAAUUGUUCUGAAUACUUUUCUUCAUCUUCGGCUUCUAAGCGAAUUCUCGUCGAAGGCCUCGCAGAACCGAGUCGAUAAAGCAUCUACAGACAAUGAUGACGGGGCCAAGAAGCCCAAAUUCAAGAAAGAGUUCCGCACCAAAAAGCAACGCAAGAUUAUGAAAGAGAGAAAGGUAGUCGAAAAGGAGUUUAAAGAGGCAGAUGCUACCGUCAGCCAUGAGCAGAGAGAUCGUAUGCAAGCCGAGACGCUCAAACUCGUCUUUGUAACAUAUCUCCGAAUUUUGAAGGCCAGAGUUCCUCAUUUGAUGGGUGCCGUACUCGAAGGUCUUGCCAAGUACGCCCACAUCAUCAACCAGGACUUUUUCGGAGAUCUCCUCGAAAUUCUUAAAGAUCUCACAAAUUCUAAAGCUCUGCUAGAAGCUGAUGAAGAGGAGCAAGAGGAAGAGGACGAGUCAUCCAAGAGCAUUCGAGACUCUCUAAGAGAAUCCCUCCUCUACAUUACCACCGCCUUCGUUCUUCUAGAGGGCCAAGAUGUUGCACGCUCCACUCCAUCGCUCAACCUCGAUCUCACAGAUUUUACAGCCCAUCUUUACAAAUCCUUACAUUCUUUCUGCCUAAACCCAGAUCUCGAGCUCUCCCACAAGUCACUGCGUCUCCCAGAUCCACAUGCUUCGUCAUCGGCUUCGCCUACAACUACCGCACCAAGAGUGAAUCUGCAAACCACGACGGUGCUCAUGUUACGUGCGCUGACCUCGAUCCUGACCCCUCGCUCUGUUCCUCCAGUCCGUCUGGGUGCUUUUACGAAACAGCUCUUCACUUCUACCCUGCAGCUCCCUGAAAAAUCUACCUUGGCAAUGGUCAGUCUAUUAAACAACCUGACGAAGAUCCAUGGACGUAAGAUUGCAGCGCUGUGGAAUACAGAGGAGAGAAAAGGAGACGGUGUUUUUGAUGCCAUGAGAGUAGAUCUGGAGGGCAGCAAUCCAUUUGCCAGCACGAUCUGGGAUGGCGAGCUGCUGAAGUUGCAUUAUGCGCCUGCGGUUCGGGAAGGGAUACAGGGUAUUGAAAGGAUCAUUGGGGAUGUAAAUGUUUCGCGGCUACGCGAGCCAUUCCUCUUUCCGAGAAUAUCGCCUCUUUUCCAGUUCAAAGAGCGAAUAGCACUAAGCGCACAGAUCAAGCUUUUCCCCCUGUUUUCUGGCGAUGGUUCCGCGGUGUCGUUCAUUCUAUGGCUCGAUGCAUCUUCUCGACUUCUUAUGUUCAAGUGUUGUGACAAGACCUUGGCCCAUCUUUUCGACUAUUCUGAAAGUGAAAUGCAAGUCUCCGCUCCCUUCUUCCUUACCCUCUUCUUCCACCUCAUCCACGGUCAAUCCACUUUAUCAGCAACGGCCUACGUCGGCCUCGUCCCUGACUACCCCAACUACGAUGCCGGUCCCUCUGACGUCUACACUGCAAUCGACAACGCGACGGCCACCGCUGCCGUAAGUGACCCUUGCGGGCCCCUCACUCAACCGUCACCCAAUCCGGCCGGCAAUACCUGCAACGUCUCUAUCAUAGAGUCGGACGGGCCCGCCCCUUAUGGUGUUCAAUGCCUCACCGACUACACCGAUACCCAUCUCACUUUCGACGCCUGCUCCAACGAAACCAUACCCGCCAUCUGUGACAAGCUCGCCGACCCAGAUGUGCAGAACGGCACGUGGAUCUGGGCGUCCGCUGCUGCGCCCAACACGUGCCACAUGGGCUUCUACCUGCCGGCCUACGACGGCAGCGCGCAGAAGCCGGAUAGGAACAAGUGCGUGCAGGAAAUCUUCAGGCCAAUGCUAGGCUAUUGCAAUCCGGCCACGGGCUAUGAGGUGUCCGAGGGCAUGUACAACUUAGGGAUGGUGAACGUGAAGACUACGCCAGAUGAGACUCAGGAUGGACAGGCGGUGGAUGUUGGAUAUCCGAGUUAUAUCAUGGCUACGAGCCAAUUGACGGCCAAGGCAGGGUGA